CCCCUGCAGGUCAGGUGCUCUGCCUGCCCCCCGCCCGCUGCGCCCCGCCUGGCCCCGACUCUCCUGCCUCGCCCCAGUGUGUCAGGACCUGACAUCCUGCCUUGUCGCCUUCUUUACCUCGCAGGACCCGAAAGAGCAGCCCCUGGGGCCGGGCCAGGGCCUGCACACGCCUAGAAAGGAGCCGGUGCGAUCCUGACGAGCAGAAAUGGGGAAGAAGCUGGAUCUUUCCAAGCUCACGGACGAGGAGGCCCAGCACGUCUGGGAAGUGGUGCAGCGGGACUUCGACCUGAGGAGGAAAGAAGAGGAAAGACUCGAGGGGCUGAAGGGCAGGAUUAAGAAGGAGAGCUCCCAGAGGGAGCUGCUGGCGGACACGGCCCACCUGGAUGAGACCCACUGCGCCCGCUGCCUGCAGCCCUACCGGCUCCGUGCCACCCCCAAGAGGCAGUGCCUGGACUGCCACCUCUUCGCCUGCCAAGACUGUAGCCACGCCCACCCGGAGGAGGGGGGCUGGCUCUGUGACCCCUGCCACAUGGCCAGGGUCGUGAAGAUGGGCUCGCUGGAGUGGUACUACGGGCAUCUGAAAGCCCGCUUCAAGCGGUUCGGGAGCGCCAAAGUGGUCCGGUCCCUGUGCGGGCGGCUGCGGGACGGAGGUUUGCCUGACAGGGCACAUGGGUCACCUGACAUCCACAGUGGGCCGGCGCCAAGCCCUGGAGAAGGAAGUGGAGACAGUGAGCAGACAGAAGAGGAUGAAGAAACGGACACAGUGGCCCAGGCCCAGCCCCUUGGGAGCAAAAAGAAACGCCUCUCCAUUCACGACUUGGACUUUGAGGCCGACUCUGACAACUCGACUGGGUCCUGCAGCCACUCCCCGAGUCCGUCCCCGGUCCCGAUGGCCACAAACAGCCUGCAGGCCCUCACAGACGAACCCUCUGCGAAGGGCACCCCCCAGGAGGCCGUGGUCCCGGAGGAGGCUGGUGUCAGUGCCCCCGGACGCCACCCCCAUCCAGAGGAGCAGAUGGACAGCCUCCCAGCUGCCGGACGGGACGCCGUCACGGAGCCCUGCCUCCCUGGAGAGGCCUGCGCCACAGCCCCGGGCCUGGCUGUCACACCGGGUCUGAGCGUCGUCGGGAGUGAGCAGCGCGGCUCCCAGUAUCUGGCCGACGAGGACACUUCCGAAGACGAGGACCCCCGGGCGGACGGUGUGGCCUCCCGGCUCCCCACACGGAGGGGCCGCGCGCCGGCUGAGAGCCAGCGCCUCACCGGCCACCAGCCCACAGACGCCGACAGAGAAGAGGAGACCCUAAAGAGGAAGCUGGAGGAGCUGACCAGCCACAUCAGUGACCAGGGGGCCUCGUCCGAGGAGGAGGGGAGCAAGGCCGAAGAGGCAGGACUGGGCAGGAGAGCCUCCAUCGAGGACCUCCCCAGGGCAGCCCGGGAGGCGCUCGAGGCUGCGGGCCAAACGUCCAGACAGGAGACAAGCCCCCGGGGCCCUCAGGAGCACGUGCAGCCCGGCGGAACCACGGACAAGAAGCUGCUGGAGCUGGAAGACAGGGUGGCCGUGACGGCCUUCGAGGUCCAGCAAGUGGAGAGCGAGGUCUCCAGCAUCAAGUCCAAGAUUGCCGCCUUGCAGGCUGCUGGGCUCACAGUGAGCCCCUCGGGAAAGCCCCGGCGGAGGUCCACCCUGCCGAUUUUUCUUCCUCGACUUGGGAGAUCUCACCAGAGUCCUAAGGAUCCGAAUGCAGAGCCUUCGGAUGAAGUCAAGGUGAUGACUGCAUCCUCUCUUCUGAGAAAGACGUUCAGCAAUUCCCCAAAAAGUCAAGACAAAGACGGUGACUCCUUUGAUCGGCUGUCCGCGUACCGUGGGUCCCUGACACAGAGGAGCCCCAGCAGCAGGAAGGGGCUGGGCCCCCACAGCUAUGCAAAACCCGUGAUGACCCACCAGCCGUGAGGGGGCCAUCGGAGGAGGCCCGAGAGCCCGGGCCCCAGCUGCCCCCUCCCCCACCGUCUCGUCCCUCCGUCGCCUGCACAUCCUGCUGCCCACAUUCCAGUGGAGAAACCAGCAAAACACCGUCUGCAGUGGAACCCCACCUGCGAGGACACCGCCGUGUUGGACCUUCAGCCGUUCGCCCACCUUCCCUGACGCCCUCCGACCCCACCCCCGCCGGCCUGCUCUGAUCCCCGAGAAACAUCUAAGCAGACCUUCUUCCCUUUAGGACCGUGUUAAACUUUGUAAAGGACACAAAGAGGAA